GUUAAACAGCCCACAACAAUGGCCGUUAAGAUCGCUGUCAUCCUGUGCCUAUUUGGUCUGGCGCGCGGUGGGAACCUUUCCGGUGGACUAGGUCUAGGUCAACAUGGCUUAGGAUAUGGAUCUAAUCUAGGUCUUAGAUCAGGUCUCGGAUACGGUACGAGCUUAGGACAAGGAUUAGGUAUUGGCUAUGGCUCAAACCUUGGCAUUGGAUCCAAACUGGGAUACGGAACAAAUAACUUGGGAUAUGGAAAUGGAUGGCAAGAUUAUGGGUCCGGAUCAUAUGGGUACGGAGGUUAUGGAUAUGGUUCUGCCGGUUUAUCUAGACCCGCUACUUCUACUGUAUCCAUCAAGAAAUACUCAGGACCUGCAGUGCCCUAUUCUACAGGAUUUGGAGGAUACGGAGGAUAUGGCUCGGGUUCCAACGGAUACGGUUAUGGUGGUCUUGGUAGUUAUGGUGGUUACGGCGGUAUUGCAGGUUACGGAAACACUGGUUUGGCCGGAGCUGCUGUUUCUUCUGUAUCCAUCAAGAAAUAUUUAGGGCCUGAUGUACCCUACUCCUCAGGAUUUGGUAGACACGGAGCCUACGACGCGCUUGGACAAGGAUACGGCAGUUCUGGAUAUGCUGCUCGCGGUUAUGGAAACAAGUGGUAAAGUACGAAAGCCUAAGAUCGAUUUAUACUAAUUUGAAAUAAAUUAUUUAAUUUGUA